CAACCCCGGCCGCGGCAGCCCGGCUCCCGGGGAGCGCGCCCCGCCAUGGAGCCUUCGCACAAAGACGCUGAGACGGCGGCGGCGGCGGCGGCGGCGGUGGCGGCGGCAGACCCCCGGGGGGCGUCCUCGUCCAGCGGGGUGGUGGUGCAGGUCCGCGAGAAGAAGGGUCCUCUGCGCGCCGCCAUCCCCUACAUGCCCUUCCCAGUGGCGGUCAUCUGCCUCUUCCUCAACACUUUCGUGCCGGGACUGGGGACGUUCGUCUCGGCCUUCACCGUGCUGUGCGGUGCCCGCACUGACCUCCCGGACAGGCACGUGUGCUGCGUCUUCUGGCUGAACAUUGCGGCUGCCCUCAUCCAGAUCCUCACGGCCAUCGUCAUGGUGGGCUGGAUCAUGAGCAUCUUCUGGGGCAUGGACAUGGUCAUCCUCGCCAUUUCCCAAGGCUACAAGGAGCAGGGCAUCCCACAGCAGCUGUGAGCCCUCGGGAGCCCCUGAGAAGUCCAGGGUACCCGCGUGAGGGCCGUACCAGGCAGCGGCGGGCACAAGGACCUUCACAUGUUCUCUUCUGCUGUUUCCUGGGUUUGGAGUGGAAAGUGGGGAUUUUGAAAAUAUUAUUUAUUUUGAAAAUGCAUCUGCUUUUCUCAGCAGGCUCUGAGGGCUGCCAGCCCCUCCCCCUGCUCCAGAAAGCGCUGUCAGCGCAGGCACCCAGAACAUCUCGAGCGGGGGUGGGGAGUGGGAUGGAG